AUGGAGAGCCUUGACUGCGUCCGGCCGCCGACACCGCCUCACCAUCCUACCGCCGGUGUGCGUGUGCUGCGUGAAGAGAUUGAGAACAUCGCGAGCUGCGGGUUCCCCCACUCCGAGCUGGUCUCUGUGACACAGCUUCCUUCUGGCCGAUCGUACAACAAUCGCCUAUACUUCCUAACACUUCGACACCCUGCCCAUGAGACGUCACCGAGCUCAGCGGCGCCGCCAGAACAAGAAGUCGUGUUAAAGGUCAGCGGCCGCUUCUUUGAAGCGUACAAGGUCCAGAACGAGGUGGCAUGCCUGCAGCUGCUCCAGCAACACCGCGCAGAUGUUCCGGCACCCCGAGCUCUUGCGUGGUCCGAGGACGGCCGUGUCGCCAUAUCUGCGACCCCAUACAAGGCCGGACCUUGUUCGCUGAACGAAUCUAACAAUCAGCCACUUGGCCACGGCGGAUGGAUCUUGAUGACUAAGGUCGCGGGUGAUCCCAUGGCAUGUGCUGACUUGGAUAAGGCGACAAUCACGGCUCUGGCAGAACAGCUCGGUGAUAUCGUGACGUCCUGGCGUCGCAACAUCCCUCUAAGAGCACUGCGGCAACAUCCGGUUACCGCAUUCGUAUUUGUUGGUUGGCGUUCGGUCAAACUGGUUCGACCCUCAAGACGGCUUCUGAGUCUACCACGCGGCACCUCGAAUUGA